ACUGCGGCCGGAGUACAUUUAAACUGAGCUGUGAGGGGCGGGGAGACACGCACUCACAGUGCAACGAAACAACAAAAACAGCACCUGGAAUUCUGUAAAUAAAGCAGUCUUUAUUCGGAGAUGUCCCACGUCCAGUUAUCGAGCAGCGCACUGGAGAGGCUGGUGGCCCGCAGGACCUUCCCGCUCCAGAGACGCACUGGCGUGUGCCGCAGCCUGUUCGGGCCGGUGGAUCACGAAGAGCUAAGUCGGGACGUAAAAGCCAAGUUGCGGGAGAUUUCUGAGCGGGACCGGCAGAGGUGGAACUUUAAUUUCGAGGACAACACCCCGCUGGAAGGGGACUACGAGUGGGAAGAGAUGCCCGCGGAGAGGACGGCGGCGUAUUAUCGGGAAUCGGUGCAGAGCGGCAGGACGCGCGUACCGGCGACGCCCAUCAAGCGGACGCCCUCCUCGGACUCCGCUAUGCCGGAGUGUCCAGGUACGGAUGUAAUGGAGCGCUUAGCGGCGCCGGAGGGCGGCAGCGGCGCCGGGGACAGCAGCUCUCCCACCCGGGUGGAGGUAAACCAGGAGAACAGGCCGGUGACAGAGAUCUCAGGGACUCUAAGACAGGCUCCGUGUGUUAGGCGCAGGAGGACGGCGGCUGCUGAUGACAACACGCACAUCACAGAUUUCUUCGUGAAACGAAAGAAGGCUGCCGACAGACUUUCCAAGUCUCCAAUCCCGUUGGAACAAACUCCCCGAAAGAGGAUCCGUUAAACGUGGUGUUUUCCCCCUUCUUCUGUACUUUUUUUUUUUUUUUUUUUGUUGCACUACUUCCCUUCGCGUUUUUGAGGAUUCUGAGUGCCGUUUUUACGACGCCGGAGGAGGGAGGACAAUAAACGGGACGAAGAGGAGUCCCGUUGUGCCGCCGGCUCGAAGCACGACGCGCCCCGGCGGAGCGAAGCCUCCACACCGCCUGCAGAUCCUCUCAGGACUCGGAACGGUUUGGGAACUCAAAGGGGCGGGUGGGGCGGAAGAAGGAAAAACUAAAAUGAGAAGAAUUGAAAAUGAAAGGGAGCAAGUUUCACCGAAUGACUUCUAUCCAGUACAAAUGUAGCAUUUAUUGUUGCUUUGCAUACAGCCACUCGACAGUGUUAAAUGUUUUAACAUCUGUGCAAUCCUAGAGAAAAUUUUCUACACUGGCCAAAAGUGUACAGCUUUAUAGAGACAGUAGCGUUUGUUUAAUUCUGGUCUUUGUUUUUCUUUUUCCCUGUAAAUGUAUAUAUUUUAAGUUUAUUCUAACUUAUAAGUUAUUUAUGUUUCUCUUUAUUUGUUUAAAGCCUUGCUGUUUUUAGCCUAUUGCGAAAUUUUUAUUUUAUUUUAAUAUUUGUUCUUUUGAAAAUUGUGGUGGUUUGCAAUCUUGUAGCUUCCCAAAACUCAUUUCUUUGUGUCUGAGCCGUUAUAUGCUGUGUGUGUGUUAUGUUUUUUCAAACAAGUGCCCUAAUUAUUUUUUGAAAAAAGACGUAAAUAAAACAUCUUUGAAUUCAA